AUGUUUGACCACAUUGGCAUCGUCACCACUGAUUUGAAGAGCAGCGCGCGGCUCUACGCUCACAUGCUGGCGCCACUGGGCAUCAAAAUCGUCGAGAAGCACCGCCUCGCUGUCGGUUCGGCAUGGGUUGUCUUCUCCAGCGGCAUCCCACACUCGCCAUUUUUUGUGCUGGGGGAGGGGAGGCCGACAUUUUGGACCGAUGACAACACGGUCGCCCGAAGUCCGAUUCACCUUUCCUUCUCGGCGCCGUCGCGCGAGGCAGUGGACAGGUUCCAUGCCGCCGGGCUUCGACAUGGGGCUCGCGACCACGGCGGGCCAGGCACCAGGCGCCCUCCGUUCUAUUGUGCCUUUCUCGUCGAUCUCGACGGCAAUAACGUCGAGGCCGGCUGCUACCUCGACGCUCAUGACACGCAGGUGUCUGAAGAAGCCCCGGUCACCUCUGAUGGUGCAGAGAACCUGGAGCGGAGCCCACAAUGA